GAGAGCGAGAGAGAGAGAGAGAGAGCGCCAGCCAGGAAAAGAAUUUUUUUUUUUUUUGAGAGAGGGGGAUUCUGAGGAACCAAACAAGCCUCUGUCUCUCUCUCUCAAAACUUUCUCAAGAAAACUAAAAAGCUCGUAACUUUAGAUAUAAGUAAGAGUGCCUCUUAUUGAAAAUCCAAUCUUUUCAACUGGGUUGUGUCUCAAUAUUGAAUAUUUUCCAUUGUAGGCUUGUAGGGUUUUAAUGGAGUUUGAUAACAUUGAAUGCGUGUCAUCAUCAGAUGGACUUGAUGAGGAUGAGAUCCAUCACCAUAAUUUACAACACCACCUACAUCAAUUUGCAUCAUCAAAGCCUCACAAUGUAAACAACAACCACAACAACGGUAAUACCAUUGUUGUUGGGGGUCCUCCUGCGAUUGCUCCUGCAACUAGUGUUCAUGAGCUGCUAGAAUGUCCUGUUUGUACCAAUUCUAUGUACCCACCAAUCCAUCAGUGUCACAAUGGGCACACGCUAUGUUCCACCUGUAAAACAAGGGUACAAAAUCGCUGCCCUACUUGCAGGCAGGAGCUCGGAGACAUUAGGUGUUUAGCCCUAGAGAAGGUGGCUGAGUCACUGGAAUUUCCUUGCAAAUUUUACAACUUGGGGUGCCCGGAGAUAUUUCCAUAUUACAGCAAGCUCAAGCACGAGGCAAUUUGCAACUUCAGACCAUAUAAUUGCCCCUAUGCUGGAUCAGAAUGCUCUGUUGUUGGAGAUAUUCCUUUCCUGGUUGCGCAUCUAAGGGAUGAUCACAAGGUGGACAUGCAUACAGGAUGCACUUUCAACCAUCGCUAUGUGAAGUCUAAUCCCCGCGAAGUGGAGAAUGCCACUUGGAUGUUGACGGUCUUCCAUUGUUUUGGUCAGUACUUCUGCCUUCACUUUGAAGCUUUCCAGCUUGGCAUGGCCCCUGUUUAUAUGGCAUUCCUCCGUUUCAUGGGUGAUGAGACUGAGGCUCGGAAUUAUACCUACAGCCUUGAGGUCGGGGGACAUGGCAGGAAACUGACAUGGGAGGGCACCCCACAAAGUGUUCGAGAUAGCCACCGGAAAGUCAGGGAUAGUCAUGAUGGUCUCAUUAUUCAACGAAACAUGGCACUUUUCUUCUCUGGUGGGGAUAGGAAGGAGCUGAAGCUAAGAGUUACCGGGAGGAUAUGGAAGGAACAACAAAAUCCAGAAACUGGAGUGUGUAUACCCAACCUUUGUAGCUAAGGCGAAGUGAUUUUGAAGACAUUUACACUAUUUGUGUCUGGGACUGUUUCGUGUUGUCCCAACCUCUUCCACCCUUCUCUUACAUGCUGUAAUGGAUUGAAUUAAUGAAACUCCCCUUUGUUUUUUUUUUUAAAAAAUAAAAUUGUAUUAUAAACAGCCGUUCUUCUA